CUUGAAAUUACCGUGGCCACUGGACGGGGGAAGGGAAGCUGAGAUUGGAGGGAGAAACAAUCAGAAACUGAGUUUUCAGAUAUUGUGUACAUAUGACUGCCCCUCCUCAGGACUCUGACCAUACAAGGACCCCAUCCAUGACCCACAUCUCACGGAACACCUGCGUGUUGCUGUUUUAUGUGAGACUGAAGACAUAACACAGAUGCAAAUAGUAAAUUGAACUAUACUGGUAGCUCUGAGUACUCCUCGGAUUUGUCUUGAGUGCCAAAGGGAUGAAGCGUCUUGGACAGGGAGAGCCCAGCCCUGAAAAAUGUCAUCAUCCAGCUUUUGUGCACCUCUGAUGGGGCUGAGAAGUAAACCCACUGACCAAGCAGAUCUGUGGAGGAGAGGAAGGAGGGAGGUUUCCAGGAAAUGUGUGUAUUGAUGGAUAGCCUACAGUCAGCUCUUGUAGACUGAUACCUGCACAUUCCUCUUCGCGCACACACUCAAGGUUAGACUUUUGGAGUAGCCACCAAAACCAGGCUGCUGUCAACACCACACAGUCAUCGCUGUCACAUAGAAAACGAGGAUAUCAUGUGUGCAACAUGGGUUUCUAUUGCCAGUAACAGUUUUGUGAAAUCCUACUGGUGACUGUGGACUGAGAUUCUCUGUGUAUAUGAGGAAAAAAAGAGUAAAAGAAUAGAAAGUCACUACACAUGUGCACUACAGAAACCAUGGUGGUCCUUGCAGCAGCUCAUCACCCCAUCUCAGUCCGUGAUUUCAGAAGCCUUUAGAGGCCAGGAUCAGGAACGCGCUUGCCAGCCAACACACUCAUAUGCAAUGGAAGAAGACAUUGAUGUCACAUCCCACCCUGAGGGCCUGAAUGGUUUGUCCCAUGAAUGUAAACCAUUAGAGGAGAUCACCAAUGGACACUCCAACCAUAAGCCUGUCAUGAACGGACUGAUUAUCGGUCAUAAUGUCAAAGACAACACUAAUGGCAGCGCAUCACUCAGAUCCCUGCCGAUUUCAGCACUGAAGCAGAAUGGUCUUCUGCAGACACUGGCAGCCGGAGGAGACCAGCCAAAGCCUGCAGAGGAAAAUGCAGAGUUGGAAAAGGCCAGACAGGAGUGGGAGGCUCUGGAGAACAUCCAACCAGCUCUCACAGAGGACUCAAACCCAACCCCGCUCAUCUCCUUUAAUGAAGCCCUGCAGUACUUCCAGACCACAGACCUCGGGGAUUUGCUAAAGAACAUCCAGCCAACCAUUCGCAGGACAGGUCUCGCCGCAAUCACACACUUCCUCUUCGGACCACCGCGACUGCACAGGGAACUCCUGGAGGAACGGGAUCUGGUCUUUGCCAUCGCACAGUGCCACGUGGACAACAGCCAGACAGUUCACAUGCGUGUCCUACAGACCAUUUAUAAGAGGCUGCUUGGCUGCAGGCUUGACUGUCCUCGCUUUGGGUCGCACUGGGAAAACAUCGGCUUUCAGGGUACAGACCCAGCUACUGACCUCCGUGGUACUGGUUUCCUGGGACUGAUGCAUACUCUCUACUUUGUUAUGGAUCCAGAGACUCUACCAUUGGCUAGAGACAUCUACAAGUUAUCACAACACCCAACACAGAACUUUCCAUUCAGUGUGAUGUCAAUCAACAUGACCCGUAUCGCCCUGCAAGCACUUCGAGAGGAAGCCAUGUCCAAGGAGUGCAACCGUCGUCAACAAGUGGUGGGUGUGUUGAAUGAGUUCUAUGUUGCCACGUACCUGCACCUUUACCAACUGUGGAAGACCCAACAGAAGACCAUUGCUGACUCUGGCUUUGUACUAAAAGAAGUGGAGCUGUUUGCCAAAAAGAACCCCAAGCAGAUGCUGCGCCGACUAGAGGUCUUCCUGAAAGAGAGGAGGGCAGGUGGAAUCCCCCGUGGAACAUCGCCAGACCCUCAGGCCCAACAGCACUCUCCCAGCCUGGGGGAUCGAAGGGCCAGAACCGGGACAGGACAGGGAAGCAAGGGAAAGGAGAUGCACUUCACAGGAGUGUGUGAUCUACCGCCAGACAUGGAAGGAGAGGCCAGACUCAUCUAAGCUAGACUCUGUCUGUCUGUGUGUGUGUGUGUGUGCGUGCGUAUGUGUGUGUGCGUGAGUGCUCCUGGGUGUGUGUGAGCAGUCUUGUUUGUGAGUGGCUUACUUUCAGAGAGCUAGAAGAAGAACCCUCCAGACCCUGAUCUAGGACCUGCUAUCUGUACUUCAAACACUUCCGCUCCUUCCACUGAUGCUGGGGUGCUGCACUUUGAUCAGAUGAAGCUUGGGGGGUCUUUCAGAGUUAUAUGAUGUUUAUUUUUCUUUGGGGUGGGGGGGGGGGUGUAAUUAAUUUAUUUUUUUUAACAGUCAAAUUUAAAGAGCUGAUGCAGGUCAGAAACACAAAAUGUCAUAAAACAACAAGAAAGUGAAUGUGUGCACUUUGCUGUGUGCAUUUAGUAGCCAAAUCAAUAGCUGCCAUGUUCUUGUCAUUCUACUGGCAUAGAAGUCUACAAUGUACACAUUUAUGUCUCUAGAAUCUCUCAGCCAGGGUGUGUCAGCACUGUAGAGGCAGGAUCGUGGCAUGGAGCGACUUAUUUAAAAGGCUCAGCGUUCACUCUCGCUCCAAGAAACUGCUCCAUCACACGAGCAUGCUAACAGCCUGUAAUGCAGCGGAAGAGCGUCAUCGUCAGGCAUAUUAUCAAACGCUCUGUUAACUUUAGGGUGGUUAGAAAAAAAUUAACCGGUUCCAAACCCCGUCAUGGAGCAAACAAGAGCAGGUAUUCUUAGCAUGAGUGGAGAGCAGCAGAUAUAAUACCCGGAGAAGUUACAGAAUCUUUUGAGCGGAGAGCAGAAAUCACCAGGAGACGCUGUUCUCUCUUACAGAGCAGGCUUCAAAUGCAGCUGGCUUUGAAGGUCUGAUCACUUUGCAUUCUCUAUUAGAGCGUGAAUGAAGUAUACGUCAUGAAAGAUGUGAAAAAUGUGCAAGAAAGGGCCCUCCAGUCCAGGUGUACGGUGGCAUUGCCAGUUGUCGGUGUCAGCUGAAAGUGGUCUGAUAGACUAGGUCCAGAGCUCCCUCUUACGCGGGGGGAUAUAUUUUAAAUAAUUUAAAAAAUAACUAUUUUAGUCCUUUCUGUAGGGACAGCUGUCAUAACUUCAUAGUUAUGCAUAAAAGCACUUCAGAACUUUGUUAUUAAACUGAUGGCUGAGUGACCGUGAGAAGGAUUUUUAACACUGUUAAAUUCCACCAGAACAUCUGAAAAUCUUCAGACUCGUGAACACUCGCAGCUUUUCGCGGUUAAAGCCAAGGAGAUACUUCAUAACAGAGUCUGUGUGCUUGGCGUGGUCCCGGCUAAAGUCGAAGGUCUGGUAUGAGCUUUCUCUACAUUCCGUUAUAAAGCAUGUGAUUGUAAUUUCUUCUUCUUUUUUCUUCUUUUUUUUCUUUUUUUUUUUUUUUUUUGGAAAAGUUGAAAAUUUAUUCCAGUAAGUGUGUGUGUGCGUGCGUGCAGGCUUGUGUGUGGUGAAAUGAAUGAGCUGAUAUUGAUGAAGGGUGCCUCUCUUUGGAGAUGUAUGGUACAGUAUGCAAUCCCAGCUCUAACUCAAUGAUAAUCAAAACGAUAGUGCUGUGUGACGAUAGAAAUCGUUUCUAACUUCAGGGUUUGUGCGCUUGUGGAAGCGAGUGUGUGUGUGUGUGUGUGUGUGUGUGUGUGUGUGAGUGAGUGUGUGUGUGUGUGUCGUAUGACAGAAACUGACUACAGAUGGGGUGCUUUCCUCUGCACACAAUAAGCCAGCUUUACUAAGUACUUGAUCCAUCAAGCUGCAAAGACGGUACUUUAGUCAUUUCAAAACGGUACAUAGAAUUUCAGAGGGCAAGAUUUCUCCUAAAACAAACAACACAUCUUUUUGUUUGCCUUUUUAAAAACAGGUUCUGGAUACAUCUGGUUUCAGCGACUCUGUGGCCUAGAAUGGGUAGAGCUCCUCAGCAAAGCUGGUUCCUGCUUUGUGCUAAUGUGAAACCGUCUCCCAUUGUUGUAGUCUCAAUCUGUAGCAUGUUCAGGUAGCACUAGUACUGUAGCAUCCUAUAGCCUCCUCCUCUUCGUAAAGCUUGUUGAUGUCACGUCUCAGUUACAGUCUGUAGUGUCGACCAGUGCGCAAACUGUUACUACUAUAGCACAUUCAUUUCAUCUUUGCAUUAAAGCCUCCGUCAUUAGACACACGUUUAGGUGGCGCAGCUGUUGGACAUAUGUCUUGGAGAGAUGUGGGAUGACGUGUUAUUGAGCUCAACCUUGUCUUCUAAGAAGGUAACAGUAAAAACGGUGCCUACAUCCAGUGGAGCCAUGUGGGGUGGAGUGCUCACUUCCUGUUUUGUUUUUUUUUCUUCUUCUUUUAUUUGAGCCACCGUGCCACAGUAGACUUCCUCCAUUCAUAUAAGGCAUUAAACUGAGUUGAUGUGACCCCUAAAAACAUGCAGGCCUAAUGGAUACAUAUUACUAAAAUAUGUAAAUUUUCAAUGUCAACAUCUACUCAGAUAGUUGUUCCCACGCCAUCUCCAUCGUAUAACUUUGAGAAAAAUGAGCUGAUGUAGUGUUGCCAAUUGUUUGCAAGAGUUUUGAUCGAUCAGGAAAAUUUGCACUGUUGUAGAUAUUUGAUAGUAUGUGUGACGUAUGCAAGAGGAAACAGGCCAUCUUCAAUAGCCAUAAACGUUCAGUAUCACCCACCAUUAAUACAGGCUUCGUGAAGUCAGACUCCCCUCCUCGCUCUUAAUGAAUUGCACCACAGAUACGAUCUUACAUUUAGUUUUUAUUAAAUUUUAAACUGAGGAGCAGUACAGUGUAUGUAAAUCAGGAAGUUUGUAUAUAGAGAAUUAAUGAUUGUAACUGUAUGAUUGUCUGUAGGGCAUUAUACUGAAACACAUUGCUUACCUCAAGACUUGAGACAAAUCUCUCCUUUCUCUCUCUCUCCUGAUGUUUUUGGCCUCUCAGUCAGACUCUUAUCUUUUUACGUUUCCUUGUACUUAGGCCUUCUCUCAUACAAAUUGGAUAUGUUAUAUAAUGUGUAUAUUCAACACCUGAAGCACUAUGUAAUAGCAAACUAACACAAAAAGCUGGUCAAUGUUAUGUGUAUACUAUUUAAAGACACAUUUAUAGACACUAUUAUAGGCCCACACAUGCUCUGAUGCACAUCUGCAGAUAAAGAAAUCCUUUUAAAAAUCAAUCUAUAAUUGGCUGAUGUUACCAUGUUGAAAUGAGCUGGUUUUCUUGUGGCUUCAGUGAUAGUACAGUAUACUUUUGCUGUGUUUUAAGUGUUUGAUGUCAGGAAAACACUCAAACAAUCAAGUCUUUACAGCUACGGUCACAAACAAACAGUUCAAUAUAUGAUUGUAAAGAUAUAGGCUUGAUUAGCAGCCAUUAUACUGUGUAUGCUUUGACCUUGGUAUAUAUUAAGUAUCCAAACAAGGCCUGAUUUAUCCUCUCAUAUUACCAAAAGUUAUAUUUUCAGCAGUUGUAAUAGAUCAUAUCUUUUGAUCUGUUGAUCAUCAUUUUUUUUUUUUUUUUUUUGGUAUCUCCUCAGUUGUGAAACCAGAACCAAGAGAGUUAAAAAAAAAAAAAAAGAAAAGAAAAACGGGUUCUUGCAGGAUGUCGGAUGCUCUGAGAGGUGUGGUCUGAAGUUCUGCUUCCCACAGCAGCAGCUCGGCAAAUACAAUCACUUCUCUCAAUAUCCUGCGCUUUAUAUGAAGGUGUUUUACUGUUGCCGUCAUCGUCAUGUCCCUCAGAGCAUUUUAUGACUGUACCUUGAUUGUAGAAGCCCUAUUUUAUAUUGAGAGUUAUUUCAGAAUACAGUAUGUGCUGUUGUACAUUAAAUGUAUUGUAUGGAGAAAGCUAAAUAAAUGCUGUUUAAAAAUGA